AUGAAGCUUAACAUCUCCAACCCCGCCACUGGCGCCCAAAAACUCAUCGACAUCGAUGAUGACCGCCGCGUCCGCGAUUUCAUGGACAAAAAAAUCUCGCAAGAAGUACCUGGCGACAAUGUUUCUGAUGAGCUCAAGGGAUUUGUCUUCCGGAUCACUGGAGGAAAUGACAAGCAGGGUUUCCCGAUGAAGCAGGGUGUGCUCCUCCCCCACCGUGUCCGUCUGUUGUUGGCCGACGGCCACUCGUGCUAUCGCACUCGCCGGACGGGUGAGAGGAAGCGGAAAUCUGUUCGUGGAUGCAUAGUGGGCCCGGAUAUCGCUGUGUUGAGUUUGGUUAUCGUGAAGCAGGGAGAAGCCGAAAUCCCUGGUCUCACUGACACCGUGCUUCCUAAGCGCCUUGGUCCCAAGCGGGCAACGAACAUCCGCAAGAUGUUCAACUUGUCCAAGGAGGAUGAUGUCCGCAAGUAUGUUAUCCGUCGGGAGGUUAAGAGUACGAAGAAGGAGAAUGCGAAGCCUUACACCAAGGCUCCCAAGAUCCAGCGCCUCGUUACUCCCCUCCGUCUCCAGCGCCGGCGUCACCUCCGCUCCGUCAAGCGCAGAAAAUUGGAGCACCAGAAGGAGCAGAAGUCUGAGUAUGAUGCUCUCAUUGCCAAGCGCGUAGCUGAAAAGAAGGCCAAGGUAGCUGCGAUUAAAGCAUCACACCACAAGGCAAGCACUGCUUAA